GCCUGUGCUACUGGAAGGCUGCGUGCCCUCCUCUGGCUGGCACCAUGCAGCUCCCUCUAGCCCUGUGUCUCGUCUGCCUGCUGGUGCACGCAGCCUUCCGCGUGGUGGAGGGCCAGGGGUGGCAGGCCUUCAAGAACGAUGCCACGGAAAUCAUCCCUGAGCUGGGAGAGUACCCCGAGCCUCCACCAGAGCUGGAGAACAACAAGACCAUGAACCGGGCGGAGAACGGAGGGCGGCCUCCCCACCACCCUUUUGAGACCAAAGACGUGUCCGAGUACAGCUGCCGCGAGCUGCACUUCACCCGCUACGUGACCGACGGGCCGUGCCGCAGCGCCAAGCCGGUCACCGAGCUGGUGUGCUCCGGCCAGUGCGGCCCCGCGCGCCUGCUGCCCAACGCCAUCGGCCGUGGCAAGUGGUGGCGCCCGAGCGGGCCUGACUUUCGCUGCAUCCCCGACCGCUACCGCGCGCAGCGUGUGCAGCUGCUGUGUCCCGGCGGUGCAGCCCCGCGCGCGCGCAAGGUGCGCCUGGUGGCCUCGUGCAAGUGCAAGCGCCUCACCCGCUUCCACAACCAGUCGGAGCUCAAGGACUUCGGGCCCGAGGCCGCGAGGCCACAGAAGGGCCGGAAGCCUCGGCCCCGCGCUCGGGGCGCCAAAGCCAACCAGGCUGAGCUGGAGAACGCCUACUAGAGUCUACCCGCGUCCCGCCCUGCGGCGGGCGCCCUGGCCCUGUGCCCCACGUUUCUGUCCUCUGUGCGUGGUUCGAUUGUUUUUAUUUCAUUGUAAAUGCCUGCAACCCAGGGCGAGGGGCCCAGACCUUCCAGGCCCUGUGGCAUCCCGGGCACCGGGGCCCACCUCGGCCGGCCAGCUGAGGGGUCCCGCGGGGUAGGGGAGGGAGUUGAGAGUCACAGACACUGAGCCACGCAGCUCCGCCUCCGGGGUCGCCAACCUUUGCUGGUCCCACUUCAGAGGAGGCAGAAAUGGAAGCGUUUUCACCGCCCUGUGGGUUUAAGGGAGCCGUGUGGGAGUGUGACAAGUCCAGGGACUGGUUAAGAAAGUUGGAUAGGAUUCCCCCUGCACCUCACUGCCCAUCAGAAAGCCUGUGGCGUGCCCAGAGCACAAGACUAGGGGCAUCUGUAGAUGUGGUUUCUAGUCCUGGCUCUGCCACUAACUUGCUGUGUAACCUUGAACUGCACAAUUCUCUUUUAGGACCUCAAUUUCCACUUUGUAAAAUGAGGGUGGAGGUGGGUUUAGGAUCUGGAGGGAUCUACUGGCAUAUGAGUCCAAGCACUCCAGUGCCUUUUGAAUGAGCAGAGAUGAGAGAGAGAAUAAAUGAAUGAGCUUGCAUUGACUCAAUGUCAAUGUCACUUCCAGAAUUCAGAAUUCAGAGUUGUGAUGCUCUCAUCUGACAGCCAAAGAUGAAAAACAAACAGAAAAAAAAAAAGAGUAGAGUCUAUUUCUGGCUGACAUAUUUCUGGCUGACAAACCCCUGGAAGAAGCUACAUUGCUUCCCGGCCUGGCCUUCCCAGAUGUCUGGCUACCUCCACCCCUCCAUCUCAAAGGAGUGACAUCAUCCACUGGGGUAGAGAAGGAGAGGGUCCUGAAGGUGGUGGGAGGGAUAGAAAUCACACUCGCCGCCAACUUCCCAAAGAGCAGCAUCCCUGCCCCGACCCACAGCCAUAUUUUAAAGUCACCUUCUGAAGAGAAGUUCAAGGUCCCAGGACACUGGUCUAGCAGGCCCGAGAGAGCAGCCACCACACACUCCCAGACCAGCACAUGCCUUCUGAGAUGCCACCUUCUGCCCACUGCACGCAGACACAUUUCUGCCUAGAAAAGGGCUUCCUCCUCCUCUUACAUGUGAUGGCAUUUCUUACACUAAAAGAAUAUGUAUUAUUGGGAGAAAAAUCACAAGUGCUGUACAUAUGCUGAGCGACUGCAGAGCAUAAUAGCUACCACCCAAAAAUCUUUUUGAAAAUCAUUUCCAGACAACCUCUUACUUUCUGUGUAGUUUUUGUUUUUGUUUUUUUUUUAAAAAAAUGUUUUAAACGGAAGCAGAUGCCGUACGAAAGCCUGCAGGACUGGUCGGUUCUUACAAUCCUUAAACGCGGGACUUGUCCACAAGAAUGAAAGUAGUGGUUUUUAAAGAGUUAAGUUACAUAUUUAUUUUCUCACUUAAGUUAUUUAUGCAAAAGUUUUUCUUGUAGAGAAUGGCAAUGUUAAUAUUGCUUAUGAAAUAACAGUCUGUUCUUCCAGUCCAGAGACAUUGUUAAUAAAGACGAUGAAUCACGACUGAA